UUCACCGGAAGUCUUGAUUCCGUUCCCAAAGCGAAUUUCAGAUGAGCCACGCGCGUGCGCACUCCGUUAAUCCACAUUAAACAAUCCUAGGUGGGCAUCUUGCGCUGUUCGGCCAAAUACCAUCGACUGAUUGACGGGUAGUCGAUCACAUCGUCACCAUGGCAUCCGGUGGAUAUCUGCAGGCAACGGUGCUCCUUCUGGCGGUCCAGCUCCUGUGUCUCGGUGCAGCUGAUGCGGAUCAGGAGGCUGGGACUGUCAUCCCUGCCGAAAGUCGCCCAUGUGUGGACUGUCAUGCAUUUGAGUUUAUGCAGAGGGCACUGCAAGAUCUAAAGAAGACCGCGUUCAACCUUGAUGCCAGGACAGAGACGCUGGUGCUGAGGGCGGAGAGGAGGGCCCUGUGCGACUGUAUGCCCACCAACUCGCUGCGCUGAGCACACCUGAGGACACUUCCACCUGUCAUCACACCCCAACACACUGACAACAACCCUGUUCUAAACCUCUACUCAUGUACAGCAACUUUCAUCUUAACUUAUUCACACAAUAGGCACUUUAUUUUAUUUUCUCUCAUAUCACUGUUGAGUGAAGCUUUGAUUUGAAACCAUGCAUCAUAAAGGCAUGUAAUUGUGUUGCCUUAUUCGGGACGACUUUUAUACCACUGAUAUUUUACAUUGUGAAACACAUGCCUGUGAAAUUAGUUUUCAUCAUCAUAGGGUUUGGGUCAGUUCUCAUAUGUCUCCUAUGAAGCAUAAGCUAUUUUUUUGUACUUUUUAGUAUUUGACUGUAUAAUGUAGAUACAGUAGAAUGCAUCGAUAAAUUUACUUGUUGAAUGUGUUGUAUGAGAUUAAUGUUUACGACGAUUAUACACAUCGAACUGUAGCAUCACGUGGAAUUUAUUUAACUGCUCAAAAUAUUUCAGUAACAGUUUUAAAUGAUUAAAUUAACCUAGAGGAAUCAGUAAAAUGUCACUGAUUCAAAUUAAUUUAUUUGCAGCCUGGUUUCCUUUGCAAAAAAAGGUUAGGUAACUUCUCAAAAAAAGUUUUUUUUUCUUUGUAAGAACCAUGAAGUUUUUUUUUUUGCAGAAAGAAAUUUUACGAGAAGUUCAAACAAUAUUUUCAGAUUUUUUUUUAAGGCGGAAGAAGCGUACUUGUAGGUCUUGAUUUAGCACAGCACUGUAGCAUGAAUUUACAGCAAUUUUUGUUAACCUACUGUUAUUGUAGAUUGUAUGUAUAGAUUCUGUAUAUGUACACGGGUCUUUGUCUGACAAAGGUGUAUGCAAGACUAGUAAUGAACAAUAUAGUAUCAAAUUAACUAUAAUAUGGACGGGGUAUGGAUAGAGGCAGGGGACAUAAAGCUAGAAAUAAUAGUCUUAUUGUUGCUUGUUCAUGAACAUGUUCUUUGUUAACAUUAUGUCACAAGAUGCCCCAUUUAUUGUCUCAAUGUUGUACCUAUCAAUAAAAACAAUGAAUGAUC